GUUGUCCCGCCCCAUCGUCAAGCCUGCACUCUGGGGCUACUCAAACAUGUAGACCGUGAGGACAAAUUGUAAGAGAAGGAUAUACCUUAUUUGGACGUAAAUGGGCGUGGAGGAUUGAAGUGGGUCCCGUUAAGGAAGAGAACAUCUGGACAGCGUCAGAGGAAAAAAGCACGUUUUCGUCUUUUGUUGAAAAGAAAACCUAGAAUAAAGUGAAAUUCUGUAUAAGAUUCACCUGAAGCUGAAGAACAACGAUCGUAUACAUUCGCAUCAUGCCGCUGGUGGUCUUGCAGCCUUCCCGUCUCAUGUGGACACGUCUGGCGGCUUUAGUGUUCACAUGCGUGGCGUUUAGCGUGGCCUCCCACGGAGGCAGUCUCCCUGACGGCAUGGGCGACUGGUGUGUAUUCUGCUGGGCUUUCAGUUUCGCUGGCACCGUUCUCGUGUUGCUUGUGGAGCUUUUGGGUCUACAGUCUCGUGCCCCUGUAUCCUGGACCAAUUUCCCUAUUACCUUUGCUUGCUAUGCGGCACUCCUUUGCCUGUCUGCCUCCAUCAUCUUCCCCCUCUACUUCGUCAAAGGCAGUCGGAAUCAAGAGAUGCGGGACCACAGAAUCGCCUCGACUGUGUUUUCUUGUCUAGCCACCUUGGCUUACCUGGUGGAGGUGAGCCUGGCACGGGCACGACCAGGCGAGGUGGCUGGGUACAUGGCAACAGUACCAGGCCUGCUGAAAGUGUGUGAAACCUUUGUGGCCAGUGUCAUAUUUGUGUUUAUCAGUGACCCCGUUUCAUAUAACAGUCACGCUGCUCUGAAGUGGUGCAUGGCUGUGUACUGCAUUUGUUUCGUGAUAUCAGCUGCCAUUGUGGUAUUGUGUGUUGGGGAAUGCACAGGGUGCCUCCCUUUUCCGUUUGCACGUUUUCUUUCUGCCUAUGCUCUAUUGGCUGUUGCCAUGUAUCUCACUGCCACUAUUAUCUGGCCAGUGUUUAAGUUUGACAACAGUCAUUCUGGAAGUUCUAGCCGACCAGACUUUUGCCGUGGCGGACCGGGGCUGUGCUACUGGGAUAAAUGGGUCGCCGUGGCUGUUCUCACGGCUCUCAACUUCCUGAUCUACCUGGCGGAUCUGGCAUAUUCUGCCCGACUGGUGUUUGUCACCGCAUGAGAGACAGAUGUCUGAAGAACAACCAUUGUCAUCUUUUCACUGAGAUUGACAUAUUUUGAAAGCCAAAGUUAAUGAGAAUUUAAUGUGAUUUAUGUCAUAAACUUAUGUGUCAUUUCUUAUCAUGAAGCCUUAUGACUUGUGUUAAACUACUGUACAUUUCUUUCUGUAUUAUGUAACUUGAAGCUUCAAAUUUGUCACAUGCUUUACUGUUGACACAUGACCUCAUAGUAAAAAAAUAAUAGAAAAUAUUUCAAAAGGUUUUUCAUCCAAAAACUGGUAAGGUUUUCUUUGUAUAUUAGCAUUGAACACAAAGAACACAAAUAAAGAUUGAAAUGCUGUUAAAUCCAUGUAACACUUGUCAUAUUCUGUUGCAGCUCAUGAUUCACAAUUCACAUAAAGUUUACAGUGAACACCUCCUUUCAAACAAUUAAGAGAUAUACCAAGUUACAAUUUAA